AUGUUGAUUGUGGUGUUAUUUCUAGAUUUAUCAUACAGUAACACAACAAAGAGCUCUAAAACAGCAAGUUGUGUUGACAUAGAUGAAUGCGCUUUGGGGACCGAUUUAUGUGAUGAAGGAUCUAACUGUACUAAUACUAAUGGGGCAUAUACAUGUUCAUGUGAUGAAGGUCUUGAAUGGGGUGGCUCAAGUUGUGUUGACAUAGAUGAAUGCGCUUUGGGGACCGAUUUGUGUGAUGAAGGAUCUAACUGUACGAAUACUGAUUGGGCAUAUACAUGUUCAUGUGAUGGAGAUCUCGAAUGGGAUGGAUCAAGUUGUGUUGACAUAGAUGAAUGCGCUUUGGGGACCGAUUUAUGUGAUGUAGGAUCUACCUGUACUAAUACUAAUGGGGCAUAUACAUGUUCAUGUGAUGAAGGUCUUGAAUGGGGUGGCUCAAGUUGUGUUGACAUAGAUGAAUGCGCUUUGGGGACCGAUUUAUGUGAUGAAGGAUCUACCUGUACUAAUACUAAUGGGGCAUAUUCAUGUUCAUGUGAUGAAGGUCUUGGAUGGGAUGGCUCUAAUUGCACAUCUGCUGAUGAAACAGCGAAUAAUGAUACCACCACAGAAGUUGCUGGUACCACUGGCGCUGGAAUUACCACGGAAGCUGCUAGCACCACUGACGCUGGUACCACGGAAGUUGCUGGAACCACUGACGCUGGUACCACGGAAGUUGCUGGCACCACUGACGUUGGUACAACAGAAGCUAUUGGCACCAUUGAUACUGGUACCACUGAAACUGCUGGCACCACCGACGCUGGUACCACUGAAGCUGCUGGCACUACUGGCGCUGGUACCACGGAAGUAGCUGGCAGUAAUGACACUACCACGGAAGUUGCUGGCACGAAUGGCACUGCUACUACGGAAGUUGCUGGCACCACUGACGCUGCUGCAACCACGGUGGUACCUCUAAGCACUACGGGAUCAGGAGCCAAUAGCUCACAAAUAUCAGGGGGUUCCAUAGCCUCAAUUCUAAAUGGAUUGUUUUCCCUACCAAUUGACUCAGUGAUAUCGGGCACCAAGGCACAUUUGGACACCGGAAUAGACCCGAAUUCAAAGGCUUUCCCAGGAAGUGGUACUGAUAAUGAAAAGUGUGUGAAGUACAGUGCCUUAAGUUUUGCUGAUUAUUGGUGCAAAGAUAGUUUGAAUCGAUGGAAUAGUGCUAUAAAUAGCAGCUUUGCACUGCAGCAUGUUCUCCCCACUUACUCCAGUAUUGUGACAAAUGCUAUGAGCGAAUCAGAAGCUAAAGAAGCUCUAAUUAAUGCAGUGGUCGAUUACUUUGGUGAAAUACUUUGUAGAAGAACGGUAUACUUGGAUUCGACUGAUGGCUCUGCGGCUCCAUAUGCCUCAUAUGUGGCAUGUGUACGUGAUGUUAUGACUGAAGCAAAUAACUGUGAUGAAGCGAAUGCAUCCACUAAAUUAAUGUUGGAUAACUUAAUUGGAAAAGCGGAAUUUGCCUGCAACAGCGAUGGCACCACAAAAACAGUUGUGCGAGAGGCAAUGGCUUAUGUGUACCCAUUUUUCUACCAAAAUGGUACUGAUCUGACUGCACUUGCUCAGCAAAAAGGGGUUGAAUUGCCAACAUGUUUCGAAGAUCUUGAAACUUUAAAUAAUCAGUAUGAAGAAUGUAUUCCUGACAUUUACAGUAGCGGGGAAAUAUUCUCGAUUGCUGCCCUUGGGCAAUCUGCUAGUGAUUCCAUUCCAAAGAACAAUAGGGCAUUCAAGAGGAUGGCCUCAUGUUUAGAAAAUGUAGUCUUACCAGACUCUGGCAGUACAACAUUCACAACUGAGUGCAAAAGUUUUGGAGUGAGCUUGAAGAAAUAUUUAGCAUUGGCUUAUCCAGUACAAUAUGGAUUUGAAUCGCAAACGGACUUGGAAAAUAUAGCAUAUACACCACGUUCAAUUGAACGAAAAACUCUGCGGUGUUUUGGUGACCCGCAUUGCAAGUUCUACGAUCCUGAUGAAAGCCAGGACUCUGAUUGGAUAACUUGUUCUGCACCAGGAAACCGAGUCUGGCUGAGGAAUGCACUGUUCACACUAAAUAUGACAACUAGUGAGGUUUCUGGAAGCACUGGGGAUCCAAAGGCUACCAUAAUAACUGGGUUCCACAUUGCAUUCAGAUCAUCAUCGGGUGCCUACAUGGGUUCAUAUAGUGCCAGUGGUGGAGUCUUACCAACAGCCUUUGAUGGAUCGGGAUCAGAUUUACUCACAGCAGCAGGAGAGGAUGGGAGCGAUGAGGUAAUUAAUAUUGUGGACGUUCAAUCAACAACACUUCAAGAUGUCAACUAUGUGGAGGUUCGGGGUAUACAGCAUGGUUUUCUUGCAUCAUUUGCCAAACGAAAUGAUAGCUAUCCCGUGGUAGUGCUUCGCAUCUCUAAAUCACUCCUGGAUGUAUCAUCUGGUAUGUUUAUCACUGGGUGCCCUGAGGAUCAAAUAAUUGGUAAUUCAGAAAAGCGUCAAACUAGUUGCGUAGACGCAUGUAGUGGAGAAGGAGAGAGACAAAGCAACUGUGAAUUUGAUUGUGAUACUGUUGGACCCGAGUAUGCGCAAGCAGCGUCUAGUAUAGUUGUAGUAAUUGAGCAGGAGGCUGUAGAAGAGGACAGUACCCUGGUUGAUCCAGUAGAAUGGGCUAAUCAAAACAAUAACGGUGGUACAGAAGCUACGUCUUGUGUAAUACUGAUGGCUGUAACACUCCUGGUUCAUCUUCACUAG